UACAAACAUCUCUUCUAGGAUGGCUUUGACUUGGAUUCAAAUAUCAACAGAGAGCAGACCUCCCCUCCAAAGAGAGACUGUGACAAUUGGAUAGACUUUUCCAAAAUGUACAAUUCAAAUCAGGAGUAUUACUUGAAGCUGGAAGAGUUGAAGAAUGCCCACAUGGAGACCAUGGCAAAACUGGAAAGCAUGUAUCAGAACAAACCCUAUUUAAAAGGAGUACAAGCCUUAGAUAAGAGAAAUGACACCUGUCCGAAGUGCUGUAGGCCAACUUGGGACAAGAGCUCGUAUCAGCCUCUUAACCUGCACAAAUCCUUUUCAGACUCAGACUUAAGCGAUCCCUCGGACUCAAGUGUAUCCGACAUGUCUGAGGUAGAAUUAGUGUUUGAAGAAAACAGCAGUGAAACUGGAUCAUCCUCAUUUGCUAGGCAGCAGAUUGAAAAAAUGUGGGAUGGGUUCUCCCUGGAAGACUACAUCUCCCGUGCCAAGCACAGCUUGCCCAGCUCAGCACCACCCAGCAGGAAGGUGCCCAAGAAACAGAAGGUGUGGUCUCCCAGAAUCACCGUGCCCAAGCCCUUCCAGAUGACCAUCAGGGAAGCCCAGAAGAAGGAGCAGAACGUCAAGUCCAAGUCACGGAUUGAGCUGGAGAAUCACUUACUGAAGAAGCAGCUGGAGGAGGAGGCAGAGUGCCAGAAGAAAUUCCGAGCCAACCCCGUGCCCGCCGCCGUCCUGCUGCCGCUCUACCACGACAUCGUGCGGCGCAACGAGGAGCGCAGGAGGUCCGUCAGGGAGAGGAGCCAGCUCAGGCUCCUGGCUUCCCAAAAGCCAUUCAAAUUCAUUGAGAGAGAGAGGCAAAGGAGAGAAACCAGGAAAACGCAGUUAAAAGAUGUUCUGCCGCCUGAAAGUCAAAGCAAGGUGUUCAGAGCGAGACCGGUCCCAAAAUGUGUUUAUAGUCCAGAUUACAAUGACAAGCUAAAGGAGAAGGAGCUCUACAGGGAAAUCAGGAUCAGGAUGAGAGCAGAGGAGCUGCUACGGAAUUCAAGCGUACCCAACAGCAGACUGGCCUUAAAAGAGACCAACAAAACCAAAAAACACAAGAGCACUGAGCACAAACCCAAAAUCAAACCAAGCAUUCCUGAUUUUGAAUUCCUACAUGAGAAAUUCCAGGAACGCCUCCUGCAACAAAAAAAAGUGAAACCCCUCACAGUCUGUGAGCCUUUCCACCUUUUUACCUCCUACAUUCCCUCAAACAAGGACAAGAUCCUGAAGGACAUUCAAGAGGAUGAAGAGACAUUGAAGGAAACACGGUGGCCGUUUGCCUCUCUGAGACGGAAACCUCAGAUGGGGCAGUCAGGGGCAAACCCACAUCUCCUGAGAAGAGGAAAAUCCAAAUUUCCCAAAAACACAGAAGCCACAAGACGACGGCUACAAGCCCUGAGGAAUUCCCUUGAGGAAAAGAGAAAGCUGGAAGAACAACAAAAGAGGAACAGAACCAAGCAGAAACAAAGAACGAGAAAAUUCCAGAAAAUUGUGAUGGCUCGGGCUGAGGCCAAUGACCCACAUCAGAGCCUAGCUCAGAUGUCUAAAUCCAGAUUAAAAACAUUCAGGAACAACGAGAGGCAGAGAAGGCAGGAAUAUUUGCAAGAACUGCAAGAAAUGGAAAAAAGAGUAAAACAAAUGCCAUUGCUUUUUGAAAGAGUUGCUCAGAAAAAUGCCAGAAUAGCUGCAGAAAAGUAUUAUUCAAACAGACUGAGAGAACUGGGGAUCUGCCCAGAGUUUGUUUCAAAGAAAGGAGAAGCAGCCAAAUCACUGCAGUUCUCCAGUGCUGGAGAUUUUACCUCUGUUGCUGCCAGAAAAAGAGUCAUCAAGCUUAAAGCAAAAAAAGGGGAAUCCUUUGAGGAAGCACCUGGUGACAAUCCCCAGUGUGAGCAGUCCUGGGAGGAGGAGGAGGAGGAGGAGGAGGAGGAGGAAGAGAAGGGACAAAGUGUCAAAAGCUCCACCCCAGAUAAGCCGUACAGUGAUCUGGGGGAUGAGGCCAGAGCCAGCCCUGAUGUCCUUGAGCCUGAAUCCAGCCAGCACAGUGAGGAGGAGGAGGAGGAGGAGGAGGAAGAGGAAGCAAAGUCAAGCCCAUCACUUGGCCAUUCCCAGGAGGAAGAGGAGGAGGAAGAGGAAGCAAAGGCAGAACCAUCUCUUGACCAUUCCCAGGAGGAAGAGGAAGAAGAGGAAGCAAAGGCAGGCCUAUCCAGGGGCCAUUCCCAGGAGGAGGAGGAGGAAGAAGAAGAGGAAGCAAAGGCAGAACCAUCUCUUGACCAUUCCCAGGAGGAAGAGGAAGAAGAGGAAGCAAAGGCAGGCCUAUCCAGUGGCCGUUCCCAGGAGGAGGAGGAGGAAGAGGAAGCAAAGGCAGAUGCAUCUCUUGACCAUUCCCAGGAGGAAGAGGAGGAUGAGUCCAGGCCCAGCUCUUGGUCUGGCAGGUCCCAGGAGCAGGAAGAGGAAGCUCAGUCAGACCCUGAAGCUGAGGGUGCCUCCCAGUAUGAGGAUGAGGAGUAUGAGAGUGAUGAUUCCCAGGAGAAGCCCAGUGAUGAGGAAGGGGACUGACAGGAAGGGCUGGCACUCAGGAACCUCUUCCAGUGCUGGCUGUGGAACAGACACCAGAAAAAAAAACUUGGUGCUUUGCUACACGUCCAGAAUUCUGUGAAGUUUUACCUCUUAGUUUAAGGGACCUGCUAGUGGAGGAAUUGUGUUUGUUUUCCAGUAAGAGAAAGCUCAAGUUUGUAGUUUUCACCAAGAAAAAAAUUUCCUUUUGUAUCACUCUUCUUCAUUGCACUUUUCUGACAUUAGUGCACCUCUGUUCUUAAAAUGAGCUGCAACCUCAUGGUUUGAUAAUGAAUUACACAGCGUGCUGUGUAAUUACUGAGGGCUCAUAUCCAGCUCCUCCCAUGGGCUGGCAAAGCCAGGGGAGAUUUUGGAGCAGGAAUUGCCAUUUUAUCCCUGGAAAAGGGGAUUCUUUUUACCUCAGGUAACUCUAGUUGUAUGAAACUAUGCAAGGAAGUGCUUUAAUACCUCUUCUUACAUACUGGCAACUCAGGACUUUACUCCACAAAAACUCUCAAAAAAUGUUUUGAAUUUGGUUUUUCCUUAUAUCAGUAGUACCUCCUCCUACUAUUACUGACUUUCUUGCUAAAAAACCUGUUACUGUUUUUUCCUCCUUAUUUUGUUACACAGUUUCUCCGUGUUUGGAAAUUUUUUAAGCAUUCUUAUUUAUUUUUGAAGUGUGAACAUAACUAAUGUGAAUUUGAAACUGUUUUAAAAACUUGAAUUAAAUAUCUGUGAAAAUAUGAA